CUCGGUUUUCCUUUCCUUCGUCACGCCUUACGAGUCUCUCUGCUUUAGACCAGUAAUCUCACCGCAAGAAUGUCUGGCCCUCCACCUACCGCUGAGAACCCUACGGCCACCACGAGUCUCCUCCCCGCAAAGUCAUGGCAGCAUUUCGUUGCCGGAGGACUCGGAGGAAUGUGCGGUGCAAUCGUCACGAGCCCGUUUGACGUUGUGAAGACGCGUCUCCAGUCAAGCCUCUUCCGCGAAAAGCACGCGUCCGUCGGUGUAGUCGGCGGCGGCGUCGCCACCCUCCCACAUCGCUCAGGCGGGCUCCUAUACCACUUCGUCGAAACAGGUCACAUUCUCCGAGACAUAUACCGAGACGAGUCCCCUCGCGCGCUCUUCAAGGGCCUCGGGCCCACGCUCGUCGGCGUCAUUCCCGCGCGCUCGAUCAACUUCUUCACGUACGGCACCUCCAAGCACGCGCUCGCGGCGGGCCUCAACGGCGGGCAGGAGAACGCGUACAUCCACCUCGGCGCUGCGGCUAUCGCGGGCGUCGCGACUGGCACAGCGACGAACCCGAUCUGGGUCGUCAAGACGCGGCUGCAGCUCGAGGCGCGCACGGGUAGCGCUGUGCAGGCUGAGGGCGGGAGUGGGGCAGGGCGGAGCUUCGCGAUGAUCAAGCAUAUCGCCAAGCACGAGGGUAUACGCGGGUUUUACAAGGGCCUUAGCGCGAGUUAUCUCGGUGUCACGGAGGGCACGAUUCAGUGGGUGCUGUAUGAGCGUCUCAAGAGCAUGGCGAAGAACACGGAGGGCCAGGGCGGGCUCGGCGAGUGGGCAGGGAUGCUCGGCAGCGCAGGGACGGCCAAGUGUGUGGCUAGUCUGAUCACGUAUCCUCAUGAGGUACUACGAACGCGUCUUCGCCAACCGUAUCCAUCAGGCCAGCCAAAGUACACAGGGCUGUACCAGACGCUCCGGCUCGUCAUCGCCGAGGAGGGCGCCCGCUCGCUGUACGGCGGUCUCAGCGCGCACUUGAUGCGCGUCGUCCCGAACGCGGUGGUCAUGUACUCGAUAUACGAGGGUGUGCUCCGCUGGAGCGACGCCUCAUGACCGGCUAUGGCGACGCAGUCGGGGCCUCUGCUUGCCGUCUCGGUCUUCUUGCUUUCCCUUGCUUUCUUCAUGUCUGAUAUCUUAGGUAUUUUUUAUUAUGGCCGUCACUGGGCUUUUUCUCCUCCGCCCUGUCCCCUCACACGGAUCUUUCUCUGAGGUCGGGGCGAGACACUUGCACGCAUGCUUUCCUCCCAGCUCUUACAACUACACUUACGCUUACACCCCGCAUACAUACAGCCUCCCAUACAUAACUGCGUAUAUAUCUCUAAAAAGUAUAGACCUCACGCUACCAGCAAUGUACAGUACACAUGCAUCAUACGAUCUUAAUAAUCACUGCUCACGGAA